GAAGAAUGUUGCCUUCCCGUUAAAAUCAACCUACUUAAAAUGUAGCGGUUUAAUCUCUAAAAAAAGCGUAUUCAAAAGCGAAAAUUGUGUGAUUUAUUGUGUAAACGAUGUAGUUAAUAAGCGCGAUGUGUAAUAAGAGUAAUAAAACUGAUAAAUCAGUGAUUUUCGCGGUGGAUUUCGUGAACAAAGAAGUUUGCAAAAUGGAGAAGGAAUUAGAUAUUAAAGUGCAAGUGCAGGAAGAUCAACUUUUGGGUUCGGUUACCACCUACAAUAACUGCGAGGGGAGUGAUAUUAAGAGCCAGCAAAUUCGGAGCAGUGCUAGAGUUUACAAAAAAAUGAGAUUGGAUAAUGCCACUCCAGUCAUAGAGAAAAUAGAGAAGAAAGAGGAUGUGAAACAGGAUAAUAAGAAGUGUUAUAGACCUCUAUGGACCUCGGAUGACAAGGAUAUAUUUUUUGAGGCUCUUUAUGAAUACGGUAAAGAUUUUGAAAGCAUUCAAACGCAUAUUAGCACGAAAUUACGCAAAAAAGGUGUCCCAGAACAUUUAAUUAAAACCAAGGACCAAAUUCGUCACCUGUACUACAGAACCUGGCAUAAAAUCUCAAAAUACCUCAAAUUCACCGAAGGAAUAAAAAAAGUUGUACAAGAAUUGUAUGGAUUAAUCAACUAUGGAGAAUUACGUAAAAGAAUAGGCUCUGUAAGUGGUAAAACCUGUAUGAAACUCAACGAAUUAAUUUACAGCGGUUCCAUAGUGCACAGAAUUAAAGGUAAAAACAUCAGAAUUAAAACUCCUAUGUGUAGAGCAUUACGGCGUCUAAAUCAACUUGAUGAAAGAUUUGAUGAAAUAAUUCUCCCCAAUAGAGUAACCGUCGAGUUAAAACCAAAAGACAUGUCUUCAUUUCUACGAGUACAAGUGGCAGCUCAAAACCCUCGUCUCAAAGCAGUGCUACCACUACAAAAACGACUAUCCAGCAUCAUAUCAUGUAUGAAUAAACGAUGGAAAACACUAGAUGCUAAUUUAUACGAUAAAUCCGUAAUUUCCAGCAAUGUGGUCACAAAUGACUGCAUACCAAGUAAAGAAAUCAUUGAAGAAAACAAAAAAAUCAUCAAUCCUUCAGUGAGAUUAUCGCCGCCUACUGGAUGUCAAAUAGAGCUGCCCUCUAUCAAUCUGAGCGAGUACUAUACGCGUCAAAGCAUUUGCUUGGCGUCUUUUGAAAAUCGUUUGGGGUUUAAAACAGAGGAUCAUUACAAGAAAACGUCGAAGAAAUCGUACAGGCAGAGAUCUGAAAGUAUAAGCGACAAAUCGCCGCUAAAAAUCGAAGAAAAUACUGAAACCUCGCAGGAGAGCGAUCCGAAUAUUGUCAAUAAGGUUGUCGAUGAUGCGGUUAAUACUAUUUUGGCUUUGCAAAAGCCUGAGCAAGAGGUUAAAAAGGAGCUUAAUGUUGAUGAUGAUGCUGAGGUGAACCAAAACAAAUCAAAAAUUGAGGGAAUUAAAAACGGUUGGACGGAAGAAAUUUGCGGUACUUUGAGUAUAGGGGAGGUUUAUCUGAUGUUUGGGCACGACUCUAAAUUAAUUUUGGAGUAUAGUUGGGACGAUAAACCAAUAAAAACCGAGGAAAACAAGGACCCCAAAGAACCGUACAAUCCAGAACUGAGCGUCUCAUUGAAUAAACUGCUCUCGGUCGCUAAAAUGCAUUAUCGCAAAAACAUCAUAAAAUGCCCUUGCGGGCACGUCUGCGGAUCCAAAACAUCACUAAAACGCGCCAUGGAGUCAAAAUUCCGUAAAAUGCUCACAGAUAUCGACAAAUGUACUGAAGAAACAGAAUCUGAAGACACCGAGGUGGAGACGUUUGCGCCCCCUACUAACUUUCCAGCAACUAAAUACCACGCCAUAACGCCUGCGCAGUAUUACCAACCUAACCCGCCCAUGGUGCAUUUACUAACCCAAUUAAAACCCAAGUACGGUAACAAACGAGGUAAAACGCCCAGAUCAAAGCAGGUUGUAGUCGAAAGAAAGUUGCCUUUACUGCCUAAUAACGUGGAAUCCGGGCAUCAAAUUGUAAGAAUGAAUAUUAUUUCUCAGGAAAAUAAUACCAUCAAAGAUGAUGCAACCACUACUAGCACCACGGUUUAUAACAGUGUCAAUUUGACAAAUUCAGAGACUCAAUUCACCACUACAUUGAACACCAUAGAAUUAUCCACAUUCUCCAGUGGAAAUAAUAAUCUAGUUACCAAGGACAACAUACUACAACCAACUGUCGAAACUCAAAACGUCAUUGUAGACAGCGCCCUCUCUAUAACCUCAAGCCCAUCCAGGCUUUUGACAGACAACGACAACCAAUGGAUCAACUCUGAAGUUGCCGAUUACUCCCUUAGCAGCCUACUGGGUAAUUUAGAGUCCCCAAUGAAAUCCAACCUCACCAACGAAGACUCAAGAAUGUCUGAAGAUGUAGAUGCUCAGUUGAGAUCCCUGCUGACUGAAUCGAGCCUCGAUUUUUCUGCCAAUUUUGCGGAUCUGGCGGCGCAAGUAAACGAGGCUAAAAAAUAAGUGCCAACGAUUUUUUUUUUGUUAAUUUGUCUAUUUAAUGGAACUUUUUUAAUAAACAUUUAUCCCAGUA